GGCUGGUGCGCCCCUGCUCGGGUGAUCUGGCGCAGACCCCAGGGGGUGCUUGGCGCUCGGCGGGCUCCUCCCCGUUUGCUGCGGCCUCGGAGCUCGGCGUAAUCGUGUGGCCUCCCGCAGAAUGUGGAUGACGCCCAAGAGGAUCAGAAUGGAAGUCGACGAAGCUCUCGUGUUCCGGCCCGAGUGGACCCAGCGUUACUUGGUGGUGGAGCCUGCGGAGGGCGACGGAGCCCUGUGCCUGGUGUGUCGCCGCCUGGUCGCCUCGACCCGGGAACGCGACGUGAGGCGCCACUACGAGGCCGAACACGAAUUCUACGAACGGUUCGUAGGGGACGAGGAGCGCGCGGCCCUGGUGGAGCGGCUGCGUCAGGGCGACAGGUCCCUGGCGGCCGUGCUCACUCCGGAGGAGAGAGCGACGCGGGCAGGCCUCGGCCUCUGUCGCUUCUUGGCCUUGAAGGGUCGCGGCUGGGGUGAGGGAGACUUCGUACACCAGUGCAUGGAGGUGUUGCUGAGGGAGGUGCUGCCCGAUCACGUCGGCGUCCUGGAAGGCAUUGAUUUAUCGCCGGAGAUCACGCGGCAGAGGAUUCUGAGCAUUGACAGCAAUCUCCGCAGCCAGCUCUUUAACCGAGCCAGGGACUUCAAGGCCUAUUCCCUCGCUUUGGAUGACCAGGCUUUUGUGGCCUAUGAGAACUACCUCCUGGUCUUCAUCCGUGGCGUUGGCCGCGACCUGGAGGUUCAGGAAGAUCUUCUGACGAUUGUCAACCUGACUCAUCACUUCAGUGUCGGGGCCCUCAUGUCGGCAAUUCUGGAGGCCCUGCAGACAGCAGGACUCAGCUUACAGCGAAUGGUUGGACUGACCACGACCCACACUCUAAGGAUGAUCGGCGAGAACUCGGGACUGGUCUCCUACAUGAGAGAAAAGGCCGUGAGCCCCAACUGUUGGAACGUUAUCCACUAUUCGGGAUUUCUGCACUUGGAACUGCUGAGUUCUUACGAUGUUGAUAUUAAUCAGAUCAUAAAUACCAUAUCUGAGUGGGUAGUUAUGAUUAAGACCCGAGGUGUUAGACGACCAGAGUUCCAGCCUUUACUAACAGAGUCUGAAUCCGAGCACGGCGAAAGGGUUAAUGGACGGUGUUUGAACAACUGGCUGAGAAGAGGCAAGACGUUAAAACUAAUAUUUUCACUAAGAAAAGAAAUAGAGGCUUUCUUGGUUUCGGUGGGGGCCACAACAGUCCACUUCUCAGACAAGCAAUGGCUCUGUGAUUUUGGCUUCUUGGUAGAUAUUAUGGAUUAUCUUCGAGAGAUCAGUGAAGAACUGCAGAUCAGUAAGGUCUUCGCCGCCGCCGCCUUUGAACGAAUCUGUACCUUUGAGGGUAAGCUGAGUUCACUUCAGAGACAUAUGGAGGAAGUCAAUCUAACAGACUUUCCUGCCUUCAGCAUAAUCGUUGAUGAACUUAGACAGCAGUUUAAGGAAGAUCAGAAAAUAUUUGAUCCUGACAGGUAUCAGAUGGUGAUCUCCCGCCUACAGAAAGAUUUUGAGAGACAUUUUAAGGACCUCAGGUUCAUUAAAAAGGACUUAGAACUCUUUGCAAACCCGUUUAGCUUUAAGCCUGAAUAUGCGCCUAUUUCAGUACGAGUGGAGCUGACGAAACUGCAGGCGAACACUGACCUGUGGAAUGAAUACAGAGUCAAAGACUUGGGACAGUUUUAUGCUGGGUUGUCUGGUGAAGCUUACCCCAUUAUCAAAGGGGUUGCCUAUAAGGUGGCAUCCUUGUUUGACAGUAACCAAAUCUGUGAUAAGGCUUUUUCAUAUUUAACUCGACACCAACACACACUGAGCCAGCCCCUGACCGACGAGCAUCUCCAAGCACUGUUUCGAGUUGCCACAACCGAAAUGGAUCCUCGUUGGGAUGAUCUUGUGAGAGAAAGAAAUGAUUCAUAAGCCUUUGCAGUACAGCAAUUCAACUUGGAAAGGAAAAAUUAGUUUGAUUUUUCUUUCACGUUUACUAAUUUGGAUUGUUGGAAAGCACUGAGCUUAUUACAAGAUGUCCAAAUUGAUAAACAUUGAAUUCUUUCUGACACGUUGCCUUUUAAAACCCCAUUACAUUUGGCAACAUGGGACUGAAACAUAAGAAUACACCUUCCAGAAACUUAGUUUGAUGGAAGUGUCAUUGCCUUUUACGUUUCUGUUAUAACUGCUUUUCAACACGUUUAGUAUUGAUAUUGUAAGUUGAACUAGAAGUCUGGUUUUAAGAUGUUCUGGAGAUAUUUGCCAAAAGUUUCAGCUCUUAUUUUGACACGGUGUAAAAAGUGUGAUCCUGGUUUGAAAUGGCCAACUCCUUCAAAGUGUAUUUGUGUCAGUUUACAGAAACUCCUAACAAAUUAAGUUUCUGAAAAGGAGUAUACACAGUGGAGGUGUUUGUCUAGCCAACAGAUGUUAAGGGUGUUUUUGGAAGCAUAUUUCUGAGCCUGAAGUAAGUAGCUGGCAGUUCCGCCCCCACCCCCACAUACCCCGUUCAUGGUGACAUUAAAGAUGGAGGAAGUCGUCAAAAUUUGCCUGGGGCAGCAAGAAUCAUCUUAAAAUUUUGAUUUAUUAGGCCUCUACUACCAGGAAUUAAGAAUAAACGAUUAUUGGAGGUUUGCUCCUUAUUAUUUCACAACUAGGGACAAUUUUUUCAGCCUGUCUCUGAAAGAAACAUGGUAAGUAUGAAAUCUUAACCCUUGCCAGUCAGUAAUUCUCUUUUCUACUCUAGACAGAAUUUUGGCCCUAUCGAAACAGUGGGAGAGGGCUUUUCCACUUCAGGAUCAGGAGUUAUGAGAGGUUCUAACUUCUUUGUCUCUUCUGCAUGGGUAUUAAUGUUUUAUAGAGAAACUAUACUUAAGGGAGACAUUUAUUUUGAAAUGACAAAUUUCAGAUUAUGUUAGCUGCUGAAAAUGGAUUUACUCCACAGCUGUCUUACACAUUAUGUAGUUAAGACAGUACACAAUUAAUAUGUAAAUCUCAAGAAGCAGCCUUAUCCACAGACCGUAACAAUUCCUAUUCUUAGAGACGUUGGUUUUGUGCUGUAACGUUAUCAGACGUGUUAACUGUGACGACGUCAACCUUACGGUAAAGCUCAGCAUUGUGAGCCUGAUGUAAAAGCAGCAGCGAUUUGUAACCCAUCCUCAAGUACAGUUUAAGAGCUGCCGUGCUACUCCCUGUCCUGAGUAUUGCAGCACGUUAUCCUGUUGCACAGUGCAGGAACCUGAUUGCAACCACGAAUUUAGAAGCAACUGAUGCCUAAGCCACACAAGCCUAAGAGCCAAAGUCAGAUCAGUGGUUCUCAGCCAGAGGUGGAACCCUUCCUUCCCGAGAGUGCUGGAAAGUGUUGGGGGCACCUUUGUGAUUGAUUAUCUGUUUACUGGAAGGUUCUGCUGGCCUUUAAGCUUAAAGAUCUCUCCUGUGGUUUUCAGGACAGCCUGAUGCCACGAAGAGGCAGCCCUCCCAAAGUGCCAGCACCCUCCCCACCAAGUACACAUUAUCUUAUUUCAGGAGACAGGGAGAGUCUCCAGUAGAAGCUGAUGGCGUACGUAUAGGGAAGCCUGAUUCCAGCGGUACAGAGAGGAGAAGCCAGUGUCAGGCUGGCCUCUUGCUUAGCCAAGAAUAAGCUUAAGUACCUGAAACCGAAGGACUCUGCUGGUAGUUUCCCGUAGCUUUGUAUGCUACCUUUUACAGCAAAUACUUCAAGAACUUUUAUUCUUUGGGAGAAUGAUCGGAAGUCCUGAAAGCUGCUUCUACUUUCUAUUCCUAGUCCUCUCAAUAUUAAUAUCGUGUGCAUUCUGUCAAGUUCUUGUGGUUUGCUUUAAGGUGAUAAUAAAAUUAGUUUGCAUUAUGUAGCCACUGUGUGAGUUUGGGAGAUACAUAUAUAUAUAUAUAAGCUAAGAAUUUUUUUUUUUUUUAAAUUGACCCUCAGCAAUAGAGAGUUUGCUGUAACUAGUCUUGGGUUUUUUGUUUGUUUAUUUAAGGCAGUGGUUCUCAACCUUCCUAAUGCUGCGACCCUUUAAUAUAGUUUAUAUUUGUGGUGACCCCAACCAUAAGAUUAUUUCAUUGCUACUUCAUAGAUGUAAUUUUGCUACUCUUAUGAAUCAUAAUGUAAAUAUCUGCUUAUGUGACCCAAAGGGGUCAUGACCCACAGGUUGAGAACCACUUGAUUAAGGUGUUUUGCCGUUUUCUGUAUUAAGUAAUUAUAGUUGCAUGUCAGUCUUUUUUUCUUUCCUUUUUCCCUUUUAGAUAUCUAGUUGUUACUGGUCCUGUGGUAUCAGUGAAUAUAGUUAAAAUAAGUGCCAUUUAUAGGACAAACAACUGUGUCCUUAGCUGUUCCCAUUUCUUUCCUUCCCACUGGCUCAAAUAUUUGCUUGCCCAGUCUCCCAUAUUGCCAGUCAGAUCACCCAAGUUCAGUAUCUCUGUCAGUGUUUUUCCUUCCUUGAAACCAUCCUAGGUUUGCAGAGACACCAGCCCUCAGGUGCUCUCAGUCCGUACAGGCACCUCUUCGUUAAGUGUAUGUGUGAGUAUGUCUAUCUCUUGCUUUGUUUGCUUCUUUUUAGGCUGCCUAAUCUCCCUUGCCUUGUUUUCCUACUUUGCCUCCUUAGUUGCUCUCAUCUCUUCCUAUGACUUUUACCAGCUGUAUUGCAGAUAUUUCCAAAUUCUUAUCCCCUGAAGAUUUCCGCCUAAGUCCUAGUUACUAGAUCACUGACGCUCUGCUCUCUCCCGGCCUCCCCACACAUCUUAGCUCUUUCUCCCAAACCUGCUUUUCCUCUCAUUUUCCCUUCAGCAGGUGUUAACAGUUGUCAGUCAGUUGCCCUCACCCAAGCCCACUCACACCGCUCCAUGGCUUUCCCCAUUGCGGUCAGAAGAGAGAGGUAGACACUUAUUAAGCUUGCAGCUCUUGUUUUAUGUGUCUAAGAGGCUGCGGUGGCGCCCUCUAGGCCAGGUGCCCAGCUACACUUGCUAAACACCCUUGUCCUUCCUACUUAGCAUUUCUUACUGCGAAUUGGUCAGUGCUCGACUGGAACUGGGAAGUCUGACCCAUUGUUUGAUCUCUAGUGAAUAGUUCAGAGCUGGCAUUUGAACAGAUGUUUGGGCAAAUAAAUACUCGUAUGGGUUUUCAUGACCUUUGAACCCUUCACAGUCUUCAUUUGGUCUUCAUAGACAUCCUGCCUGUUCACUGGCUAGUUCUUCGCCAUCUAUUGCAGAUUAAGAAAUGAAGCUCGCCUUAUUUGUGACUAGGGACCUCACUGUUGUGUUUCUUGAAUUUAGUGCAGUGCUUAGCAUGUGGUUCAAAUAUUACGUGACUGUGGCUAAGAGUUUACCCUAGGAAAUUAAUAGUACUGUCAGGAUGCAAACCUAGGUGUACUCACAGAUUUGCUCUGUAUCUAGUGUGAAGUACAUCCAUAAUAUAGUCUGUAUAUAUUUUUAAUUUCCAAAGGAACCUACACAUAGAGGAAAGGGUUGGAUAACUGUUUAGAUUGAACUGAGUGCAGUAAUCUAAAACUUAUCUUCAGUAUUGAAGAAAUGCCACCUAAGAGUUAAUAUCCGUUUUUCCUUUUGUAGGCGUCAACCCUAGGAGAAAAUGGCAUGCUAUUUAGUAGUUACUUUGCUUUACAGAUGAUUUCUGGCUCUUCUGGAAUUUCAAAGUAAGUAAACUUGUCUAUGAGAAGGUUGUCUGAGCCAUCCUGGCUACUAGAUCCUCAGCUCAUUAAUUUUCUUAUGUGUGGAAUGCCCACAUCAUCUCCCCAAGGAGAAAACCCCCAGCUGAGGUCCAGGAAACAUGUACUUUUUGAUUUGCUGUAUCUCCUUGCUUUCUUGUUUCAUGCACCUGUGAAGUUUAAAAUCAGUCUUAUGUUGGAAAGCCAGACCCUGAGUCUCUUUCAUUAAGCCAUUUUGCCCAAUUUAAGAGAUGAGCUAGCAUCAUUCUCUUAACUAGUCACAUUAAUUAAUUAAUUCACUCUGAGGUCUUGGUAGUAGGUAUGAUAAUUAUCCAGAGAUUUGAUCCUUGUUGCAAAACUAGGUUUUCAUCAAUCUUUGGGUUCAAGAGUUUCUCAUUUUUAGUUUGUAUUUGAAAAAUUGUCUCUUUCUACACUGUAAGUACUUUAUAAUUUCUGUCUUGAAACUGACCAAAUGCUGAGUUCAUGUCCUACACAUUUUGUCAUAUGCAGGCAACAGCCACCACAAGGUAAUUUUUUCUUCUUUAAAUAAAGGGUAGCUGUCCCGUCUCCCAAUUCAUCUGAAGGGGGCACUUUUGCCUCUCCUUAGUAUAAAUUGCCCUUGUGUAAUUAUUUUUCUAUCUUCCGGUAGCAAUCUUCCCGAAGGCCUCCCAGCUAAUCGCUAAGCAGCGUGUUUAGUAUUUUAGUUCUGCAUCAGGAUUGGCAAGGUUGCCAUGAGGUGACUAACUACAAAAGUUAAUGCUGCUUGUCUGCAGCAGGUUGUCGAGGGCUUCAUGUAGGGGAGGGACUAAAGCCUGCAGGCCCAGUCUGUCCGGGCUCAUCCCCUAAGGCAGUGUUCUGAGGCGCAGCUGUGUCUGCCCUGAACCCUCAUGGCUGCAUCUCUCUGCAGUUGUAGAUCUGAGUGCUGACACAGUGUGUGUGCUGCACAGUCUAAAGUACAUUAUGGGAAAGUUUGCUAAUUUCUGCUUAAAAUGCCUCUGUCUUGUGGCCCAGGACAAAGCAGACUCAUUAGGAGCUGA